AUGUCCUCCGAUCUCCAGUGGCUCCUGCUCCGUAAAUCCAACUCUUAUAUGGUCAAAGGCCUUCCUGAGGGCCCAAUAUUCUCCAAAGAGCCUGGGAACCUUCUCAACAUUCAUUCGCACAAAUACUCUGGACUUGCCAAUGCCAAGACUAUUGAUGUUUCGGAUGUUAACGGCAAAAUAACGAUUACCACUCACAAGACUAAGGUCUCGCCUCGCGCUGUUGCUCCUGUCCGUUCGACCUUCUCCGUCCGUUCUCGAUCUGGCACUCGUCGUGCACUCGGUAUCGCCUCUAGCACCGCUAAGCGUGGAUACAGACCUGACUUGCGAAAGGUGAGCGAACGUCUCUUUGCUCGCAUUUGUGGAUGGGCAAUCUACCUGUUCUGCUCUCUACUCAAUGUUUUCUUCUUCCUUCGUUAUCUAUCACCUUACCUAUAUUCUUCAUUUCAUUACUUCAUACACGAACGCACUCUCGUUAGAACCCGCUGGAUAAACACUGAAAAGUGGUAUGAAAGUUGGGCGUGGACAUGUUUGCAAGAUCAAUCCAAUUCUAUCUAG